AUUUUGGCUCCAGCGCACUGCCAAGGAGAUUGCCAGUAGUGUUUUAUCAACGGGUCUCCAAACCGCCCGCACACCUCCCAACAUGCCACAUGCAGGUUGUGGUACAGGCACUCUUGCGAUUACAGCGCGUUUUUUGCACAAGACGCGCAUGUGCGUUUACCAUGCGAAGGGGCACUGCGCCCGAGGGGAAGAGUGCAGCUUUGCACACGGCAGUGGCGACUUGCGCACGGUUCCGGACUUCUCGUACACCCAGCCUUGCCAGGGCUUCGCGAGGACGGGGAAGUGCAGGCGGGGCGACGCGUGCACGUUCGCCCACGCGCCGGGGAAAUUGUUGCCCUGGCAGUGCAGCGAGGCCCCCAGCCCUGCGGAGACGGAGCACGCCGAGCACGGCUCGGAGGGCGCCUCGCCGGCGCACGGGCCGCCCGCACCCGCCGAGCUCGAGCGCCAGCGCGCGCCGCACGGGGCCCCCGUGGGCCUUGGGCGGCCGCUCGGUGACCGCCCUCCCGGCCCCGCGCCUGCUGGAGGUGCUCGCGCUGCGCGGGCAGGCGGCGCCGCCGCCGCUGAGGGCCACCGUCAAGCGGACGUUCCUCCACUUCUUCGCGGCGAAUGGGGAGGAGGACGCGGCCGACUGCGGAACCCGCUGCUCUUCGGCGCCGCCGCGCUAGUCCAGGCGCACUGGGCGUAGCCCCAACGCCGCCCUCGGCAAUCUCCGCCCGCCGCGGCCGAGGUCCGCGCGGACCUCCGAAGGUGAAUGAUGCUUCCUCGCAACACGGCCGAAGGCACCAGAGCGGUCAAGACUGGACGCACGGAGGUCCAGGAAGCCCAGGAGCUUGCAGGGGAACUGCCCUCUUCCGGGCUGCGCUUCUUCUCGAUGCUUCGAUUGCGCCGGGACCUGCGGCGGCAUCCAGUGGGCUCAACGAGCUGACAGACGGUGCCCUUCGGACUGCCGUUGCGACGCACGCGGGUUCAAAAGUUGGCGCCUUCUCUUGCACCAAUGAUGCCGACGGUUGACUGAACUUACCGUCAGGACACGUCAACACAAGUACGCAUCCCGAGCACGUUGUUUGCGAAAGGUUUUAGGUAGUUCGCAUUAUUACAUACGUCUCGUGACGCCAGGCGAGACACAGCCGGCUAAGUCAUAUUUCGCUGGAGUGGCAGCCACACUUUUGGGAAAUAUUGCGCGCUUGGGCGACGGCCACCCCGUGCGACAAUGUCUCUUGAAGUUUGGAAGCGUGGAGCUUAGAGAUCUGCCGUCGGUCCGCCGUCGCGGCCGCCCUAGACAGGUUUGGGCGCGCGAGCUGUAUAGACACGCUGCGCAUGCACUUCUACAAAGGAAUCUCAAUGUUUCAAAGGUUACUGCCAUGUCGGCCAGCGUCUGGAAAAGUACGGCGCGAGAGCACAGUCACUCGCUAGUUCCUUUCCACUGCUCAAGUGUGCGCCACACGGCUUAGUAACAAAGUUGUUUGUUCCUUUUGUUGUCGGGCGUGCGUUCCCCAACGGCGCUGCCGCCUCGCAGUGCCGAGACGUGUGCUCCGCGUUCGCUCUUCGGCAAGGCCACCAAAGACCUGGGUUUCAUGAGCAUAUGCCCACCAUGAUCUCACAGGCACGAAGCUUCACGGAGUCACGCAACUAGAUUGGCCUUUUUGUGGACGGGAUGCAGAAUUGUGCAAGGCAGCGUUGCUUUGUUCAGUUACACGCUACCGCCCCCCAUCCCCACCCGUUGGCAUUAGUGCCUCCCGCUCCUUGGUACGGGAUCUUGCCAUGGCAGCCGGCGCAAGGCAAGCGUUUGCCAUCCAAAGACUACAGUUGGAGUCAGCAAGCGUGUUGCCAAGGGUUCACGUUGCGUUCAGAUGCUGGAAGCAGGCAGUUGUGGGCAUUUUUCCCUGAGGCUUGGAAAGCAAAUGUUCUUCGUCCAGAUUCCCCUCCUCAUCCCUCCCGUCACCAGCCUUCUCCGCUCCCCCAGUCCUCGUCCCCCUCUUCCGUCCUCACCCUUGCUGUCAGCAGCCAUCUCCUAUCCCCACUUUUUUCUUGCUAGGUCGCCUCCUUUUUAUGUCAGGACGGCAGCCAUGCUAAGCGAAGGCACGGUCCUGCCAGCGUAGUUUCCAGGUUCCCUUGCCUGAGCGAUUACCAAGCGCCACGUCGGUUCUUACGUUGUGAAUGCAUGGAGUUUGAUCUGUUCGGCCUCAUUGUUGUCGAACUUCCGUACUCAAGGAGCUUGUUGUCUUUUUCGCGAUGGACGGCAUUCUGCGUAAACGGCUCGUGCCAAGACGUCUUUGCUGGCGUCGCGAAGCGGUUGUUUUCCAGGUGUGCCAGACUGCCGUGCGUUGCUGUGAUGUAUCUCUUGAUGUCCCAGCCUGGUCCGUGCCCUCAGCAUCCUUGUCGUGCUCUGCCCUCUCGAAACAGUUUUCCACAGGCACAUGUGACGGAGGCGGGACCAGUGUCUUUCUCGGGCCUCCGCACGUCAAAGACGGCCUGCGCAGCCCGGACCACCAGUGCCGCAGGAGAGCCCGAAGACCGCCCAAGGUUGGGGCCAGGACGGCCACACAGGGGCCUCCAGACGUGCCAAUGGGACUCCCUCAGAAGCUCCAGACGGCCUAAGA